UCCAUGGCCAGCAGCAGGCACCUCACUGCACUGCCUGCAACAGCCGCCAUCUUGCUUGGGUGCCGAGGGCCCACGCCCUCACCCCUCUGUGUGGUAGUGACUACCUCACAGAGCGUGUCGCAAAGCGGCCAUUGUGACAUAAGCAGCCAGGAGCAGGUUAGGCCAGGCCAAGCUCAGACCGUGGGUCAGUGCGACCUGGUGAGGUGAGGAGAGAGGGCAGGGAGCCAGGGGCUGCCUGGGGCUGCUCAGUGAGGAGGGGUCCCCACGCCCUGGGGGCCUGAGCUGCUAACUCAACUCUCGUCCUGCUUCUCCCUCAGAGUCGGCAGAGGAGAGUGUGCAGGAGAAAGCCCAGCGCUGACUGGGCAGGGACUCCAAGCGCUCAGCGUCGACGUGUACCAUGUCCAAAAGGAAGGAGAAGACCUCCCACUCGGAGGAGCAAGUAUGCAUGCUGUGUCGCCGAGCAGACGUUCACCCGGACAUCUGCGGGCCCACCCUCAGCGAGAGCGGGCUUUGCGUCCACAAGUUUUGCUUGUUUUUUGCCAACGGCCUGUAUGAACACACUGCCCUCCAGAGGGCAGUUCUCAAGUUCCCCCUUGAUGCCAUCAGAUGCACAAUCGAGGAGGCAGAGCAGAAGCACUGCUUCGUUUGUGGAGAGAAGGGGGCCUCCAUCUGCUGCGCAGAGACAGGCUGUGAGCGUAGCUUUCAUCUGCCCUGUGCCACGGAUGGCGAAUGCGUCACGCACUUCUUUGGGAGGCACAGGUCCUUCUGCUGUGAGCACCGCCCUCAGCAGAUAGUGGAGGCAGAUCCAGAGCCUGACACAGCCUGCAUCAUCUGCCUGGAGCCCGUGGGGGACAAAAAGUCCUACCACACCAUGGUGUGCCCAGUGUGCAUACAGGCCUGGUUCCACCGGAGCUGCAUCCAGGGACAGGCCAUGAGCGCUGGCAUUCUGCGCUUCCAAUGUCCCGUCUGCAGAGACAGGAUGCAGUUCCGGAUGCAAAUGCACAUCCUCGGGAUCCAAAUCCCAGCCAGAAGACCAACAUGGGAGGACAAGGAGUCCUAUGAAAAGCUGUACGAGAUGCACGGGCUCUGUGAUGUCAGCGAGUGCCUGUACACAGAAGGCAGGGAGCAAGCAGAGGAAGAGGGGCCCUGGGAGCUGCUCGUUUGCACCUCUUGUGCUGUGCAAGGCACCCACCGGCACUGCUCCUCCUUGAGCGAGAGCAUAACAAGCUGGGAGUGUGACAUCUGUGCUGGCGUGGGCACAGCCUCCAGUGACGAGCCGCAGCUUGCUGGUCCCAGCACUGCCAGCCAGGAGGCCGAGGGACCAUCUCCUAGCUCCCCAGAACCUGGCAACCACAGAUCCGACUCCACCAGCAAGGCAGCAUCGGAGUCACCCUGUGGUUCUCAGCUGCCUAAGCGCAGCAGCCUGUCCAGCCAGCCCAGGACAGGACAGAGCAAGAGCCGCGGACAUACAUCUAAGCAGCACCAAGGACACCAAGGGAGCAGCCCUACACCAGCUCCAGGUGCUGAGAGCAGCCCCCGCGGAUCCACCAGCAAGCGGGAAGUGGGGUCCUCCAGAAAUUGCCCAGCGGCUGAACGCAGAAGGCAAUCCGGGCAGCAGGACACAGGCCGGACAAGAAGCCGCUCUCCGCUGAAGGAUCGUGCCUCCAAUUCCCCGAGCCAGCUCAGAAGAAAUCCUGGCAGCAGACGUAGUGCAGCCUCAGCUACUGUGAGCGGCAGACGUACUGCGGCCUCAGCUACUGUCAGCGGCAGACGUACUCCAGCCCCAGGUGCUGAGAGCAGCACGCACACCUCUGGCAGCCGGAGGGCAUCCAGGAAUUCCCCAGGGGCUGGAAGCAUAAGAUGCCACAAAGAGCAAGGCACAAGCCGGAGACAGAGCCAAUCCUCCCUACAAGGUCCGGCAUCAAAUUCCUCGAGCCAGCCCCGAGGACGCCGUGGCAGCAGGCUUAGUGCUGAGAGCGGCUCCCAGAGCUCUGGCAGACAGGUGACAUCCAGGUCCUCCAGAGAUUCCGCGCUGCCUGAACACAGAAGGCAUUCCCAGAACCAGGAACGAAGCCGUUCCCCGCGGGAUCGUCGGGCUUCCAAUUCCCCAAGACAGUCUGGAGGAAGCCAGAGCCGCAGUCCCAGGCAGCGGCGGCCAUCUCAGGCACGACACCACUCCCAGAACCAGCCCUGAAGACACCGCAGGAGCAGCCAUGUACCACAGCCACGUGACGGCUCCUGUCCCCAGCAGCCAACCCAAUAGACUUGUCACGGACUUCUCUCUAGAUCCGCGUCCGUGACAGGGGGCAGCAGGCCUGGGAAAAAAGACAAAAAAUACAGAGAGACAGAGGGAAGAAAGAAAAGUGUUAACGGAUUACGGGCCGGUCCGGCGCAGCCCCGUGACUGAAGAGGCAACGGACUCGUGGGAUAAUACACUGCAACACAAUACAAUUGGAAUGGAGACCCACACAGCAAACAGAAUGAGGGAGAGAAUGUCCAAAACUGAGGCCUUACUCUGUGGACUGCAGAGGAACCACGUGCUUCUCCGCUGUGAAAGCGAGAGUCCGCGAGAGGGAGAGCGGCUGGUGUCCUGCCAGGAGCUGCACCUUUCUUCCUCUGAGCCCAGAGUCCUGUGGGGAAUGCCGCUCCUCCCCUGCCCUCCGAGAACCAACAUGCCCACAAAAAGCAGUCCGCAGAACCAGCACGUUAGCUCUUUAACUCCCACUGCUUUACAUGAUGUCAUGAUGCGGAACAGCGACAACCAAAAGCACAAAACCACCACCAAAAUUAAAACCAACA